CUGGACUGUUGCUCCGGCGGUCGACAAAGAAACUCUGCUGCCGGCGAAAAGAAUGGCAACAGAAGUGGGAAUAUCAACAAGGGCAAGGUACAAGAUGUCUGUGGCUUCCAUAUUCGCCUUGCUCGCAAUGGCUACAUGAUGUGAUAAGAGAUAAGUCUUUUGACAGGUCAAAGAGAGAUGUAAAUAAACUUCAAAAAGUAUGCCAAUCAGUUGCCCCCCCCCAAAAAAAUUAAAAAUAGUAAAUACAGAGUAAACAACAGUGCACUGCACGUUGGUAACCCUACACAAGGCGCCAAUUUGUCUCUUUCACCGAUACUGAGCGCACACUGAAUAUGUCUACAGGGGAAGCAACAUAGAGUGGUAAAAAUCGGACAGUUUUAAGUAGCACUAAAUUAACAGAUCCUGUUGCACCAGUCGGGAAUCUGUAAACAGGCAUGGCCAAGGGAUUGAUGCGGGUGCUGGAGUGGGUGAUUGUCGUCUACUUCGCUUCACAUAUUCUGGUGACGGUGUGUGUUGAUUCGCAGAUGAUUCUGCCGUCACGGCUGUUCCCGCAAUGGCUUUGUGACAUCUUGAGCGACCACUGCAAACGAACUAAGGACCCUCUGACCUGUACUCCUGAACCAUACCCAUGGUUCCUUUCAUUUGUUUACGGUGAAUGUUUACUCCAGUUUCCGUUCUUCUUCUUUGCUGUUUAUGCCUUCUACAAAGGAAGUUGCCACUGGAUACGCAUUCCUGCUAUUAUCUACUCCGUUCACACCAUGACCACCCUGCAGGCCAUCCUAUCUCAGCUCUUCUUUCAAGACUUUGCCAACUCCCCAUCUCCGGGGCCCGUGACGACGGAAGAGAGAGUGAAGCUCUCCCUCUACUUCUGGCCCUACGCCAUCCUCCCGCUGUGCAUACUCCUCCUUGUGCUGUUUGACAAGGACUACUCUCCAAGUCUGGAGAUCCCAACGAUCGUCCGUCCGACGCGAUCCCCAAAAUAUAAAAUGCAUUAACGGGAUGCAAUACACAGUGACAGCUAGGCCGGACGUAACAAGCAAACUACUAACCCACUCUGUGAAAAGGGAAUCACGAAGCCUGUUUUUUCAGUAACUUUGUUUCGGUUUAUAUAAGAAAGAGCAACUCUGACCUUUUGUGUUGAUAUGUCUCUCAGUUUGGUCUCCAGACCAUUAUGUGGGUGAAAAAUAUGGAAGCUUCCUAUUGCUUUGAAUUGCGCAAGAUUUUUAUACAGAUCUUUUCCGUCAAAUGUGACUCUGUUGACUUGUGCCUCAAUUUCAGAACGAGUUACCUGCAGUAGUGUUAAUAACUUCUCACAGUUCUGCUUUCUUAAUUGAAAUUUUAAAAAUCCUCAACAAAAAUAGUUUUUUAGUGCAUACCAAUGCACAGAAUGUGCAGAAUGCUAGUGCCGGGUCUCCAAUUACCGCCAACCGACAAGACGUGUCUACGGCUGAAAAAAAAAAUGCUCAACAAAAAUACAUUUGUAGGGCAAACGAAUUUAGCUGAGAAUUCGUCGACGAUGGGCAAAGAAGGAAAAGCCUGAUUUCAUUAGGGAAAGGGGUUUGUUAAGCAUCGAU